CAAAAACGUUACACGUUUUAUCAUAUUUUUCUUUAAUGUUACUCUUUUAUCGUUAAAUAUGAAAGUUGCUGCCGUGCUUUUGUAGUUAAAACACCAACCGCAAAUAUUGUGAGAAGUGACUGUAGACUGUAGCUCUUGUUUGAAGACUAAUGUCUGUGAGACCAGCUCUGGUGGACUGUGUGGUUUUAUCACUGCAAGACUCCUGUGUGUUUUAUCCGUCCUGUAAAGGAUGUUUCUCCAGGAUUCAAGUUGAACUGAAGAACACGACAAGAUGUCGAUGCUCCAAGUGUGGCUAUGUCUGUCUGAGGGAAAAUGUCGAUUACAGAUACCGCCUCUCACUGAAAGUGACCAGAGAAACAUGCAUAUUUGGAGUGACAGUAUUUGGAACCUGCUUGAAUCCGUUCUUUGGCAUUCACGCAACUGGCUUACAAAGGUUGUUGAACAACAUGGAAGGACCAGUUGAAGCAUCAACUAGAUCUACAUUGUUGGUCACAGCUGUCCAAGACUGUUUCAUUGGCAGACGUUUCAUCUUUGGUAUAAAGGUGACUGAAACUGAACCUGAGCCCUGGUUACGACGGCCCAUUGUGAAUAGCUCCAGCAGUAGAGAGACAGUCCAGUUAAUCGCCAGCCAGAUGAUCCUCCCCAAAGCUUUAGGCCUCGCAGGCUGCACAGUGGUCAGUUAUUAUGAGAUCCUUUUACAGAAAGCUUCAGAGUAUGAGCAGGGCUCUACUGAUCUGCACAAACCCUCCAGACCCCCUGAAACACCCCUGCUGCUGUGUCUUCAUCCUUCACCACCCAGCAGUUUUGACAGCACUUCACCAUCUACAGCAAGUUGUAUAAGUCUACCACUGCAAAGAUCACAGUACCAGGACUGCACCCUUACUCCCACCCCUCCAUGGCAGCAAUCACUGGGGCUCAUUACAUCGUCAGCAGAACAAGAAGAAAGCUGCAACUCCCAGGACAGAGGAGAAGAUCGCCUUAGACAAACAAACAAAAAGAACACACAAAAUCAAACAGAGAGAGACAACCUGAAGCAUCUUAAAAUUGCAGAGGAAAGAGGAUCAUCACCUCUUCGUUCUUUACAGUGCCACUCAUGCAGUAGUCCAUCGUUUGCCAAAUACUCAUCUGUUAAUGAAGCAGCUGGGCAGACCUCCAUCCAGGAGUCAUUGUUCAGUCUUUCACCAUCUAACAACAAUAACAACAGCUCCAGUAAGAGGAGGUGCUCCCUCAGAAAUCUUACCAAGACACAUUUAUCAGACUCCUUGGCUUGGGAGAAUUUGCCUUUCUCUGAAAGUCUCACAGAGUUUUUGGGUGAGGAAAACAAAGACUGUAUUAAUGUCAGUGAAUCAAAGGCAGAUCUGAACGUACAAAACCAGGAAGAAACAACAAAAAACAGCCUGGAACUUGGAUCACAAGAUAAGAACUUAUCAGUUGAAUCAGAGUCUGUUUGUCAGAGUUUCACACAGAAAAAGGUCAACACAUUUAUGGAUUUAAUCGAUACUCCAGGACUGAGUGAAGCAGACAGUCUUGAUUUAUCAGAACAAGUAUGUAAAGAACCUGCUGAAUGUGUGAACAAGAGUCAAGUCGGAACCAUUCUUCUUCAGGAGGAUGAAAAGUCUUUUCCUUCUUUUUUGGAGAGUGAAGAAGAGCAGCUUCAAGGAGACGUCUAUGAUUGUUCAGCAGACUUGUUCAGUAGCCCACCAAUGAUGGACAAGAACACAAGCAUGCUUAAAACAAACACAGAAACUGUCAGGGUGACCACAGAAGCUUGUACGGAGCUGUACAUGCCAAAGAAGCAGUGCCUGAGGAGAGAGAUGACUGAUUUAACACCUGUCAGACAGAAGCUGAAAAGCAACAUAUGCAGUAAUGAUGACAACUUCCUUCCACCUGGGACACUAGAUCUUGACUUUGUCCCUCCUUCUCAGUCAACCCCCAUUGUAAAAUUAGUUGCAUUGACAGGGACACCUGACCCCUCAUACAGAACCUCGACAUUUGGGGAGUUCAUUUCACAGACUCACAGCCAAGAUUUCAGUUCUCAUUUUAGAAAUCAGUCUGAACUGGGCAGUAAAAUAAAAACCAAAAUCCCCUCUUAUAAAUCAGAGGGUGUUGGUGUGAAUCAAGUGCACCAGUGUGGCGAUGAGUCAACAAAAGAAAACCUGGAGAGGAGUACAACAUUCAGCAGGUACAGAUUCAAUUCAAAGAGGAGAUUUGUGAAGCAUAAAAAUCGUCUGAGAGACCAGAGAUGGGCGCCAGACACAGGGUCACCAGGAAGGCAGAAACAUUCAUGUAACCAUGAUGUGGCUCUGUGUGAUAAUGAUAACUCACUUUUUGUUCCUCCUACUCCUGUUGCAAAGUCACUUUUGAGUGAGAAGCAACGAAAAGGUCAGACUGAAUACAGCAGCAGUAGUUCGAGUCAGACUUAUGGAGAGCUGCUAAGAGACAGAAGGGAUUGCAAAAUAUCACUGAUGGAUCAAACUGUUAAGUCCACUCAGAGAGGUCUGGUUCAAACAGGAAACGCUGACAGUGAAACUUUAGAUAAGGGGGCAAUGGAUGGAUCUGAUAGUGAGAAUGGAGCGUGUGAUUGGUCUAGAGAUCUGUUCUCUGACUCGGUGUGAGGAACUACAGUGCUUGGACUUUAUAUUUAACCAAAGAAUUUUAGUUUAUAAAUUAAUGUCAUGCUGGAAACAAAUUAUAAUAGGCUUAUUUCUGUCAUUCACUGUCAUUCUGCUUUUUUCUUUGGCAGUACUAUUGGUCUAGUCCUGCUGGAUCACAGUAACCGCACACACAGUACAUUAAACACAAGAAAAAACCUAAAGGAUUAUCUGUGUACUCUGCUGUUUGCAUAAAUGAAUGAAUGAAUAUCUUAUUUUCCUGUUAGGUCAUUUACCAUCCCAUUGCUCAUGGUAUUAUUCAGACACAUUAAGAGAGAAUCAGCCAAAUAUUCUGGGAUAUCAUCCUGGCACCACAGAACAGCACAGAACUUUAACAUUAUCAAGCAGACAUGAACCACCCCCAAAUUAUCAUGCUUCAGGAGAUAAAUCACAGUCAGAUGAAACAAGUAUACAUGCAAAAAUGCAUGUAUUUAACACCAGUACCAACCCUGUUUACUAACAUCAGCAGAAUAAUGUAGAAUGAGAGUGAGGGUGGUCACUAAUUUUUAUCUGUAGUGUCCAAUCAAUUUAAUGCUGGCAUCUAGUAUAUCUAGGUGUUGAAUUAAAUAAGAGAGUUUUUUUACAGGGCAGAAUAUAAACUAGAAAAGCACUCGGAGAGCGCAGACCUCAACCAUUAGCCGUAUUUCACAGUAGUACAGAAUCCUUAAAAAAAUUCCUGGAUCCAUCCCCAUGUGCCCCUCCCCUCGGCAUUCGCGAGGACUUCCUCCCCGUGGGGUGGUAACGCGGCGAGGUAAAGCAUUAGCUUCGCUACAGAAGGACUGUCAUGGCGGAAGCAUUGUCUGCUGGUGCAGAUGCACUGACAGUCUCACC